UAUGGCGGAAAUCGGUGUUGCAGCAAGCUUCAUAGCAGCAAAACAAGCUGAGUAGGCCGAUACGGUAAACAUGCCUCAGUUUAGGUGUAACUGAAGAAAAUAUUCGACUGAAAACGCACCUCGACACCUGCAACUAAUCACUAAAAUGGAUGAAGAUGGGUCUUUAGAAAUAAACGAUGAUCAUAAUCACAACUAUUGUGAAAAUCGUGGGAGUUCGUAUUACUCAAACUCUAGAUCGCAUGUGUCGAGAGACACCCUUUGUUUCCCACCUGUUGUUGUUGGUGUGGCUGAACCUGCCGAAAAUGUCAGGAGGACGAGCUUUGUGACGGAGUCCAGCUACCUCGAGUCAGAGUCCAGCAGCCAGAGCGGUCAGUGUGACAGCUCAGGUGCGUCCGCCUCCAGUGCGGGAAGGCUGAUUUUAAACUCCCCCUCUAAGUUUCUGAUGAAUGCAAUGACACCAGAGGACUACAGGACAACUUAUUGGCCAAAGCUUGAAAGAGCCAUUGAACAUCUCCUCACUCAAAGCCCAAUGGACCACAUAUCCAUCUCCUAUGAGCAGAUUUACAGUCAUGUUUAUAAGUGUGUGUGCCAGCAACACUCAGAACUUCUCUACAGCGACUUGAUACGGAAGAUAGCAUCUCACUUACAGCAAGUCUCCUCAGAGCUACAUGGAAGCCCUCCUGAAAGUUUUAUUGAAAAAUUCAACCUGGCGCUUACUCAGUACAUGGCUGCACUUCAGUGCAUUGUUCCGGUGUUCAUCUACAUGAACAAGUUCUACAUUGAAACAAAGCUUAACAGAGACUUGAAGGAUGACCUUAUGAAGCUUUUCUCACAUCAUGUUGCAGAGAAGCAUGUCGACACAUUGAUACCUCUUCUCAAAAAAGCAGAUGCUGUGCCAUUUCAAGUCAGGCCAUCAACUAUGGCUAGUGUGGUGAAAGGACUUUACACUCUGCGACCAGAUUGGGCUCCAUUAGCCCCUGCUCUGUUUUCUAGAUUCAUUCCUCAAAUUCAGCCCCCAACUUUGGAGUCAGAGCUUCCACAUUAUGCAGCUCUUGACCGGAAAUUGCAAAUUGAGCUUUCUCUAAAUGGUUUCUGCAGGGGUGACCAGUCACGUAAGAGAGCAAGUGAAGAAUCCUGACAAAAAGUGGAUGCAUAUAUUACUAUGCUAGCUGGUUGCCAAUACUGUUUUUUAAAGACUGCUAAGACACAUGAAAUGGAAACGGGAACUGAACCCGUAUCUAAUUUUUUUUUCCCUUCGGAUUUUAGUUUCCGCUAAGUGCUGCAUUUACCAAGCUCUGUCUUUUUGUCUAAUAAUGACAUCCCAGCCACCUGAAGACUUGCAUGUUUGUGUGUUUGAGUGACAGACAUCUAAUGAUUUACUCAGCUACAUUUUGGUUUGACAUUGCUGCAUGUUCAGUAAAAGGUCUCCAAAUGCCUCAGGGGAAGUUUAUGCAACUCACCUGAUUAGUUACAGUUAUGCUGUCAUGCACCUACUACUGAGACACCUGCUUCUCAUAUUCCAGAAUAUGUGACAUGUAAUAAGUGGAUGUGAAAUGGAAGUAAUAACUAACUGUUAAAGAGCUAGCUUGUACAUUGUAUACAGUUGUAUGAAAACAUUUAUGGAGAAAUUAUGUAUUUUGUUGAAUUUUGAAAUGAAAAGUAAACACAAGCUUUGCAGCAAAAUAUUUUAAAA